UAAAAUAAUUUAAACCAUUAAAAAUGCAAAUAAAUUAAUGCAUAACACUGCAAUUAAUGGCACUCAGAAACCAAGGACCUGGGAAAAAUAAGGGAUGCGGGGAGGGAGAAAUCAUCCCAUACAAUAUGUAAACUCUAUCAGUUGAAGCUAAACAAUGUUUACACUGUGAAACGUUUUACAACAGCCGUAGUGGCCCUCGUACAACAACGUACAAAUGGCUUCCUUACUCAAAUGUAAGGAAUGCGUGAUGCUGCAAUCGCAUAUUAAUUAUACAGUUUAUAUUCAAUCAUACCCUGUUUCCAAAGUCUGUAUUCACACACAAUUGACUAAUUUGUGGGUUGCGUGAACACAAAGAGGAAUUUUCAAGAACCGCACCUCCCUGCGUCCGAUCACAUACUCUCACAACUGGAAGGCCUUUGGUAGGAAAGCACCCUGCUUCAAAACACACUCUGCACAAGCUCAGAAGCCCUUAAGGCGCUCGCUCUGCCGUUGAGGCAGGGAGUUCCCAGCAGGCCGCUGCGAGAUCCCCCGUCGUCCAGCAGGGGGCUCUGGCGUUUGCAUCAGGAGGCUUUUGGCUUUGUUUGAACGGGGUCGCUUGGCAGCGUUGAGUUUCCUGGGUCAGAGGUAGCUCUGGCUGCAAGCAGCCGCCUCCUCCUCCUGCUCUUCCAUUGUAGACGAGGCGGGCGAGUUGCACGCUCGGGGCUCCUCUCGCGCCCUUCCCCGAAGCCCGGCGGCGCGCGGCGGCGAUGUAGGCGGGCGCGCGGACCUUUUGCACCCCGAUUUCGCGAGGCACAAAGCGGCUCCGUGGCUUCUCCGCCCCCGCCAACCCGUCUGCGCCCUCCGCGGGACACGGUGCCCGCCGCUGCCGCCUUUAUGAGCUCGGGCGUCCGGGAGCACAAGGUGAGAGGAGGUCACAGGAUGAGCCAUAUGGAGGAGAACUUUAGUCCUGAGGAUGCUCGCUCACAGCUGGUGACCAAAAGAAAAUUGCUUAAGAUGCUAAGCUUAAGCCCCGGUCACAGCCAAGCCCGUGGCUCUGAAACAAGGGACAAGAAAAUGCCAUCUAUGGCAUGGCCCGUGAAACCAGUGCAUACCAUCAAGAAACGCAAAGCCUUCUUGGUGCAUCGGGGUACCCAGACAGAAGAGAUCCCGGAUAUCUGCAUUGAAUGUGGGAAGGUCUUCAUCCAGAACUCCAGCCUGAUCAGCCCGUGGCCUGUCCAAAGCGAUGAUAAGCCACACAAGUGUUCCGAGUGCGGGAAAAGCUUUUCUGUCCGUUCCAGCCUCAACAGGCAUCAGAGAAUCCAUACCGGGGAAAAGCCAUACAUCUGUCUCGACUGCGGCAAGCGAUUCAACGACAAGUCCAACCUGACUCAGCACCAACGGAUCCACACAGGCGAGAAGCCCUACGAGUGCAUUGACUGUGGCAAAAGUUACAGCCGCAGCUCUCACAAGAAGAAGCAUUCGAAGGAGCCGGUGGAAGAGCCGCAAGACCUUUGCGUCCCGGUGGACAGGGCCAAUGCCAGUGCUGUUGACGAGAAGCCCAAAGCGAAACAGAAAGCGGAAGUGCUGAACACGUGUACGGAGUGCCUGCGGAGUUUCGGCCACAACGCUGACCUGAUCAAGCACAUGCGCAUCCACACGGGGGAGAAACCCUACAAGUGUAACAUCUGCGAGAAGAGCUUCAACGUCAGUUCUAACCUCUUUCGACAUCAGAGAAUCCACACCGGUGAAAAGCCAUACGUGUGUUCCGAGUGUGGGAAUUGCUUCACUGACAAAUCGACCCUGGUCCAGCACCAUCGGAUCCACACUGGAGAGAAACCUUAUGCUUGCCGGUUCUGUGGCAAAUGUUUCAGCCACAGCUCCCACCAUAAGAGACACGAGAAGAUCCACAACCGAGAGAAUCCGCUGUUUGCCUAUCCAAUCCCGUUGUUUUAACAGGUUGCUCCCAUUGGAAGGGAAGAUAGAGAUAACUGUGUCUUGGGGAACUUCCUUUAUUUCUGUUUAUAAAGAGUGUAGGACCCUUUUGAUUGAUUUCAGUCAUCUUUCGGCUGCCUCAGAAAGUUUGCUUUCAGUUGAAUAUAACUAAAGAUAUUGUAAGCUCAAAGUGAUUCAGAGUAGUCUUUUCCUGCCUGGAAUGCUGUAUGGCAGCGUUCUUCAACCUUGGCUGCUGGAAGAUGUAUGGACUUCAACUCCCAGAAUUUCCCAAGUAGCUUGCUGAUUGGGGAAUUCUGGGAGUUGAAUUCCACACAUCUUCCAGCAGCCAAGGUUGAGGAACAUUGCUCUAGGGUCUUGAACUGCAGUUUUAGUGGUUGUGCUUUUCUGGGAAUUUAUGAAACUAUAGUUCAAUACAUCUGGAGCACACCAAUUUAGAAAAAACUACUGGGUAAGUUUGAAUGCUCAAAGUGUGCUGAAUUUUGGUAAGAGCUUUGGAACGUUCCAGGUGGGUUUUCAGAAUAUCGAUACUUGGUUAUUUCUCAGAUAGGUCCUUCACAGGAAAUUGGGGGUAUUUUGAAAUCCUGUAUAUAUUACUUAUGUUUUUGUAUGGAAAACUAUCAAAUUAUUUAUUGAUAAUCUAACUGUAUUUAAUUAUGAGUGAACUUCCUGGUAAUUCCAUUGUUUUGAUUUCCUUUGUUUCUGGAUCACCUACACAAUCCUUCCUCUCAGCCAGGGAUCUCCAGGUAUGCUGGAUAAUGGCGCUCAUCCUCCUUUGCUUCAACCUGGGGAAGAUGGGAGUUGGAAUCACAUACAUCUGGGUAUACUGGACUGAGAGAAGCUGGAUUGCACGGACUAGGCCACAAGUGAAGAAAGAGGGGAAGGCUCCCAAUCUAUAUGCAAAGACUUGGUGGAGUAAUUUAGGUGAGGUGUAAAAUUGCCUGAAUAAAUCUUUGGCUUUAGGGGAGAAUGAUAUUUCCUGGCCAUUGAACACUCUCUACAGCCAUCUGCUAAAUUAGGAGGCCCAAGUUUGUGAAGCCUAUGUUUUGAUGGACUGAGAUUAAUCUUUUUUUUUUUCCCAGAAUCCUUGUUGUGGUUAGCUGAGUGGGUUAAGUUCCCUUGAGGCCUCUCUAAAGAUUAUGUUUCCCAAAUCUUGGAUCUGUUCUUUGUUGCUCUUUCUCAAUCUCCGCAUUUGGCAAUUAGGAAUGGACAUCCAGCGGCUGAAGAUGGUCAUAAUUCUCUAAUGACAGGAAGACAAAUUGUGCGUUGGCAUUUUAAGAGACUGUGUGGCUAUUGUGCUUGGACUUCCCCAGGCCAGAGACUCCAUCAGUUGCUCACCCAGGAGACUGAGGAGGUGUGUAUAUAUAUAUCUGUGUGGCUGUGGGUCACAUUUACACACAGACUGAUUAAAAACCAAACUAAGCAAGGUGGGUUCUGAAAGUAAGUCAACACACCUGGAUUAGCGGACCACUAAACAUAUGAAUGCAUUAUGUAACAAAACGGGGGAUAUUUGUACUUUUUUGUGGUGAGCAGGUCACAUAUAGAUAGCAUUUAUUCCACCAUGAAGAAUCUUACCUAAUUUCUUAGUGGACCCGAGUCCUGAUUUUCUGAUGCUAUUUUAUUUUAUUUGAAGUAUCACAGCCUUCAGGACAUAGUUGGAAUAUCCGGAAGAGCUGCAGUCACCUGAUCCCUUAAUUUCUGUGUAUGUUCCCAUUUGUUAAGUCCAACUUAUGUUCAGAUACAUAUUCUCACCAGUUCUGAUCCAUCUAGCAAUCCUUGUAACUCAGACUGGAGAAAAUAUUGUUUGAAUCUUGGCUCUUUGCAGGCAGAGUUGUUCCCUCUGUGCCUUGGAUUCUUAUCUGUAUUUUAAAAAAAAGAAAAAAAUGGAGAGAAAGAAAAGAUCCAUUAGGAAUAUCUAAUGAGAGUUGUUUUGAUUAAUUAAUGAAAAGGCAAACAAUGUUGAACUUUAGAAGUCAGGUGGGGCUGUAUAUCUAGAUCUAACAGAAGUAGCCAGAAAAUGAAAAAUAAGUAACACAGUGGGGAAGGUUUGGAAUUAGCUGUCCAUAGAAGAAUGUUUUUGGCUGUAGCAAAAUAAUUUUUGUGGCUACCUUUUAUCCUUUCCGUAGAUAUCCUUUAUCAAAAUAUUUGUCAUUUAAUAGAAUCGGAUAGGAUUUUUGACCUGUUCUAGCAGUUGAUUCUACAGGUUAAUUAAGGCUUUUAAGUUUUUAUUGAUGAUUCUGAGAAGGAAAGGGGUAAGUUCCUAGUUCUACAGAUCGAGGGGAAAAAGAACAACAACAACAAAAAACCCACAAAGCAUUCCAGUUGUUUCUGUUUGCAUUUUUUUUUUUUAUGUUCAAGAGAGCAAUAACUUGAUUAACACAGGGGCACUUAGAAUGAUUUCACAUUAUUUGUAAGAAUUUUGGUUUUGCGCUCUUUGUGUGGGUUUGUUUUCUUUGUUUUUAAGUUGGCCUGGUACAACCUGACCUCAAAUGUUUCUGCUGCUUUGUCUGCCAACAUAAUCUCUGAAAAAUCACUGCAGCGCUGCCCGCAGUCUAACAUUCAUUACGUUGGUCAUUGCAGCACUUGGCACAACUCUACCCCAAAAUAUGUUUGCAAUGGCCUAGAACAGGGCUCCUCAACCUUGGCAACUUUAAGACUUGUGGACUUCAACUCCCAGAGUUCCUCAGCCACCAAAGCUGUCUUGAGUGCCCAGAGCAGUAUUUCCUUUUGUGUUUUGCAUUCUUGGAUAACCAAGGCAAUGAACCUUUGUAUCCCCAGAAGCUCAUUUGAAAGAAUAAUGGGGUUUUUCUAGGUCAGUAACUAUGAAAGAUUCCAUACCCGCCUCCUCAAGAUCAGUUUCACAGAGGCGGAUUGUGGCCUAGUUCACUUUUUUUUUGAAAGGGUUGUGCAUCAGUGGUAGGGAACUUUUCUCCCUCCAAAUUUGGUUUGUCUCCAGUUCGUAGCAGUCCACGCUGCUCUGUCUAGAGUAGCAUUUCUCCGCUUGUCAACUUUAUGAUGGCUGGGGAAUUCUGGAAAUGGAAGUCCAGACUUCAUAAAUUUGCUAAGAUUGAGAAAAACUCUGGCCUGGAAGAUGACAUGCUCCCAUUCCUGAUCGAUCAGUCAAGGCCUGCUAGUUGUAAGAAAUUCAGUUCAGUGCUAGUAUAACUAGCAGAUGUUGAAGGCAAAGAGGGUGAUUAUGUUCCAUCCCGUAACUAAUUAAAAUCUCUCAGUUUCUAGAUGGGUCAUAGUAGAGUUUUGCAUUAUAUUACUUUUCUCACUAACUAGGCUGGUCUGCAAAGAUGGGGAGAUAACCCAACAUUCUCAGCAGACACUAAGCCAGUGAUGGCAAACCUUUUAGAGCAGUGUUUCUCAACCUUGACAAUUUUAAGGCAUGUGGACUUCAAC